UCACUUGACUGUGCUCCGCUCUAUGAUCGGAGCUUAAGAAUACGCAGCGUUGAAAACAGGUUAUGUCUCGAUCUGUUUCCUCUUAUUGUGCAAUUUGAUCUGUGUCAAAGCGCGAGGGGUAACCGGUACCCGGUUCCGUGCACUGAAUCGACGAGGAACUAAGGGAAUCGAGGUAGCGAAACGUUUCAUGCGUAGCUUGCCUCUGCAUUAAUUUUCAAGUAAACACGUGCACGACAGAUAUAUUAUUGUCCCGCUUAUUGUCCCGCUUCAUAACAUCCGAAAUCCUCGGGGGAGACGCACGGCCGACAUGGAGGACAAGCUGUUGCAGAUGCUCCAAGAUGUUGGGUACACCGGGCCGAUGCUUGACACCAACAAGCUGUCGGAAGCCCUGAAACUUGGCGCAAAAUCGCCGAAUUUCACCGGUCUCGUAAGCUGGCUCGCCGAGCAACUGGCGACAUUCGUAGAGACGGACGAGACCGUUAAUGCCACGUCCAGCCCGGACGACGCUAGUUCCUUUCUCUUAGAGUUAAGCUUCUUUCUUAAGGAAAUAGGAUGCGUGAACGAGAAACUGAUGACUGGGCAUAUGAAUCAAAGAUUAGCCAACGAAUCUGAACGAGCUAUCCUGAUAGAAUUUCUAGCGGCGGAGCUUAUGGCUUGUAAAUUAUUGGAGGUCAAAUGUCCUAAGGAGGAGAAACAAAUGGAAGUCACUAUUGAUGAAAGUGACACUGCGAGAAGCUUGAAAAAUAUGCUAGUCAUGCUGAAGUUUCAAAAGCCGCCGGACAAUAUUUCGCCCGAGACGUUGUUUUCAAGACUAGAAACUAAAUUGUUAGAAGUUCUAAAGACUGUACCAUUUCAUCUAGAUAAACCACUUAUAGAUGUCGAGCUCUCCGCUAAACAGUGGGAGCAACUAGGUAAUUUGCAGGAGGAAAUGCACAAGGAAUACAUAAUUCGUCGUGAAAUGUUGCUCAAACGCCUUGACGUUACAGUCCAAUCAUUUUUGUGGUCUGAUAGGAUAAAGUCGCAGGAGACUGAAGUAAAUCGUAGAUACGAGGAGAGAAGAAAGACUCUGAAAAACGAACCUAAAGUGACACUGGUCGAUUUACUGGCGGCCAGAGACGAUCUAGCGGUGAUCGAGAAAACGAGCAACGCGAGUGUGCGCAAGAAUACACGAAGUAAAAUCAAUAGCGUCGUUAUCGGAGCGGUGCCGGACAGAGGUGGUAGACCGUACGAGCAGGAACCACCGCCGCCGGAGAUGCCGCCGUGGCAGAAGGACAGAGUUCAAGGACCGUCGUCAUUCCAGGGCGGAAGAGGAGGAGGUGGACGCGGCGGCGGUGGCGGCGGCGGCGGCGGCGGCGGCGGCGGCGGCGGCGGCGGUGGCGGCUAUCGAGAUCAUAAAGACGCUAGUAGUAAUUUUGGCCAGAAUUUGGACUAUCAGCAAUCUCAAUACUCUGGGCAUAGAGAAUGUUUUCCGGAUCAUAGAGGCGGGGGAGGAGGAGGCUAUCAGAGAGGCGGCGGUGGAGGAGGUGGAGGUGGAGGUGGAGGGGGUGGAGGUGGAGGUGGAGGCUAUCGCGGAGAUUCCGGCGCGAACUACAGUCAGAAUUAUGGUCAAAGUUACAGUCAGAAUUAUGGUCAGAAUUAUGGUCAGAAUUAUCAGCAGCCGCAGUAUUCCGGCCAGAGGGACUCGUACGGGGGUGACAAUCGAGGCGGCGGGAACUAUUAUCAGGAUAAUAGAAGGGAUGGCGGGGGAGGAGGAGGAGGAGGAGGAAGGGGAGGUAGAGUUCAAGGUGGAUGGAAUCAAGGUGCCAAUAAUUCUGGUGGGAACAGCUAUCAACGCGGCGGCUACAACAGGGGCAGAGGCAGACAAUACUGAAGAUGCCACUUUGCGUAUAUACUUUUAACGAUAGUGAAGGUUUCUCGCGAAGAGACAAACAGAAAGUUACGAGAUAUUUAAAUAAUUAUUCUGGUGAUUAUGCUCGCCGUCACUUACGCUUAUACUAUACUCACACAUGUAACUUUGGUCUCAUAAAAUGUCUGAGUUUCGGAAUAUUUAUAGUAAUAAUGCUGUUGAAGAAUUAUGUAACUUUUUUUAGAUUACAGCUAGCUAACAAUUCGAAAUUGUAAACAUUGCGUUAAGGUAGAAAUUAUUAUUUAUCUCUUUUUCGUAUGUGAAGCGCCAUUCUUGCGAACGACAGCUUUCGGUUUCAUCAUUAUUUGAUUUAGACGUUUAUAUAAAUAUAUAAACUACUGUUUUUCUAUGCAAAUCGAAUAUAAUGGAGAUACAAUAACUAUGUAAAUAUAUGUACUUGUUCGACUGUUGGAAGUAGCGUAUCGAAAUUAAUUUAUAAAGCGAGGUAUGAAGACUGUAAAUCAAGUCACUUAAAUUUUGUAUCGGAUCACGCAUUGUAUGAUGUAAAAAUAUAUCCAAAUGAGCAAUAUCGUAUGCUUGCAAGCAUAA